GUGGAAUCGUCUCGUGUGGGAAACGACCAAACCUCGAGGCCGGACCCCCGAGGCCGGACGCCUGAGGCAGGACCCCUAAGGCAGGACCCCUGAGGCAGGACCCCUGAGGCCGGCCACCACCACCACACUACAGGAAGCUGUUAUCUUCUGAGGACGCCAUAGACCACACGACAAAGGAACAUCAAGGAGGAGAAAUCUUGCCAAGACAGCGCAUCAACCUAUAGUUAUGGCAUUUUGCUCGUGGUUUAAGGAUGAAGUAUACAAGGACCAUUUUGAGCCAGGCAUUUAUGUUUGUCGUAAAUGUGGCCAUGAGCUAUUUUCAAGCAAAAUGAAAUACAAGCAUGGAACACCAUGGCCUGCAUUUGUUAAUACUAUAAAAAGUGAUUCGGUUCAGAAAAGAAAAGAGAGCAAAUUUGCAUAUAAGGUAUCGUGUGGGAAGUGUGGCAGUGGGUUGGGACAUGAAUUCUUGAAGGAUGGCCCUGAUGGAAAGACGUCACGCUUCUGAAUAUUUUCUCACUCCCUUAAGUUUGUUGAUAACAAAGAGGGAGAGAAAGAUCCAGCCAUGAAUGGUAAUGCACAAGAUGUUGGAAAUUCCUGAGGGCAGACAGGAAGCUGUAGCAGACCACAGCAGGCUAAUACUAACACAAAAAUAUGCAGUUUGCUCUAGAAUUGUUUUACCCAAGUUGAGAUUUUAAAAACCCAUUAUCUAUGAGUGAUAAUCAAAGUUAAAAUUUAUUUUGCAGCAUUAUCUCUUUAUAUUCACAACAAAAGUACAGUAUGCAAGUAUGUACAGUGUGUAUGAAACUACUGUAUACAUACUGUAUACAGUAGUUUCAUACCCAAAAAUUCUGGAGGAGCUUCUUGUGGCUCCCUGAAGGUAUCUCUCUGACAUGGCUUUUGACUAGGUCACAUCACAUCACCCAUGGAGUUCUGUUUGGCCUACCGGGGGAUCAGAACCAAAACCUGGCCUCCUCACAGAAGCAGAGAGCAGAUGCCACCACACCAGGAAAGCAUUCAGAAAGUCAACAAACUAAUAUAGGUCACUGCUGGGUUCAAAAGAAGCAAACCCUCAAAAUUGCCAAAGGAAUUCUCCAAACAAUGGAGACAAUCAAAUCUCUCGAAACUAGCACAAGUUUGUUAGCACAAACACCCCCCCUUGCCAUUAUGGGGGUGAGGGUUUGGUGGCCUGGUCUCAUCAUGCCUGUGUUGCCUUGGGUCAUCUCUCUUGUCCAGUUGUCUCUGCUUUAUCCUGAUUACAUGCCAUCUCUCCUCCCUGGUAAGUCCCUUGUGUUUCUUCUCCAUGGGUAGCUAGCUUCAGGAAGCCACAAGGGGUUCACCCCAAAAGACCAGCUUGGAAUGUAACGAAACUCCUCUUUCUGGGCGAGUCCUGGUGGCUUUCUGAUUCCAUUCCUCCCUUCCAGGUUCACUGGUUAUUGUUUGUGGUCUUUACAUAUGCUCCAGAACUGGCUUGGAAGGUUAGUGCUCUGGGCCACCAUCCCCCUUCCCUGUUACUGGUGGGGUGGUUAGUGCUAACAAGUUCGUGUUAGUUUCGAGAGAUUCGAUCAUUUGUUUACAUUGGUUGCGAGUUUUUUUGGCAGUUUUGAGGCUUCAGUUCUUUUGAACCCAGCAGUGGUCUAUAUUGGUUUGUUGACUUCUGAAUGAUAUCCCAGUGGGGUAGUGGAGUGUCACCUGCUCUCUUCACUUCUGUGAGGGGGGCCCAGGUUGUGGCUCUGGUCCCCAGAAGGCCAAACAGAACUCACGACUGAUGUAACCUUGCAGUUGGGAGCCAUCUCAGCAAGAUAGCUUAAAGGAGCCAUUGGGGCUCAUCCAGAAAGUAAUUUAAUUAUUCAAUGCUGGUUUUAUGUAGCCUAUUGUGGUAAAUAUUCUAAUACAGUAUUAUGUAAUUAGUUUUUAAAAAUUACUUUGCUUUACUCAAUCUUAAAACGUGUUCUUCAGGUAACUACAUUGUGUAAACUAUUGUGUAUUUAUUUAAUUUAUCUUGAUUUACACUCUGUAUUAUACAAAAUACCUUUAGCUUCCUAUUUUGUUUAUUGUUUAUUAAUGUAAAUACUUCUUGGAACAAGUUAUAUGAAUCAAUUUUAUGAAACUAUAAAGAUAAACUUGAUGCCAAAGUCUUUAUGGUGGAUGUUUCAUGAAGCUUAUUACUUGCUCCUCUUGCUUUAUGGGUUGUAUUAUUUUAUCAAUCAAAUACUUAUAAUACUCUACUCCAUUCUUCAUUAUUGUAUGAGUAUUUUAUGCAACAGUCUGGCUCAUUGUUACAAGACUCUUAUAUCAAAUAUGUAAUAUAUUAGUGCCAGGAAAUGAUUUUUCAUGUAAAAUGUUGUUUGGUUGAACAGAGCACAAAGUGCUGACUAAAAUGUUAACACACCAAGAUGAGAGAGUAUCACCCUUAGGAGUUGUAUAAAAUUUAAGAUACACCAGGCAAUUACUUGUAAAGUGAAAAGGUGAGGUAUUUAAUAUUUCAGACUACAGUAUAUAAAUCUAGUAGUAAUUUUGGAAUGGGGCAGCAAUAUUGACCUUUUCUAGACUGUUUGAUGGCUGCAGAUUUGUUAUUCUUUCUUCUAAUGUUUACUACUUUAAUAAGUUUGGCAGCCAUCAAGUUCACAAGACUUAGCUUGUGGUUUGUGUGUGAUGCAGUAUUGUUAGCAUACUUUGUCACAAUUACUGUCAUGCACUGUUUGUACACCCCUGCUAUGGUGAUCAUGAUAUCUUUAGUUCUGAGACCAGUCCAGAGCAUCCACUACAAUGAACACACACACACUUGUCAGAAGCAGAUCUCGUAACAAAAACUCGCUACAGCAAUGAUGUAUGCAGUAUGUUGUAGUAAUUGUGACUAUAUAGUAUACUCUGGAGAACUUUCAGAAACUUAAAUGAAAGGCUUAUGAACAUAAUUAAUUGUGAAGCAUUUACAAUAAGAAUGCAUAUAUUACUCAGAAGCCAGGAGCAAUAGCUGGCGAACUUUAAGGACAUCACACUUCUUAAUGAAAAGAACAUUAGAAGAAAGUGCAUAAAAUUUUCAGCCAUCAAACAUAAUACUACCAUUAACCCUUGGGCAGUGGCUAUGGAAAAAUUGUCAUACUGCCUAUGCAUAAAAAUUAAAACAAUAAUGCUUAAAAAUCUUUCUUUAUAGAAUUAUUAAUUUGUAUGAAAAAUUUAAGAAAACAUGAAAAUAAGUUAACAUUUCUCAUUUCACUGGGUGGAGGCACUCUGGAAGGGUGUGUGGUGGCUGUGUCCAGCACCUGUCAACACCUGGUGCUCAACUUUGCCUACGCUUCCUGUGUUAUCCUUGGAUGUUUCACUAACUGUUUUAUUACUCGUUUCUAUUUAUUUAUAUCCAGAGAGCUAUUAUAUCCAUAUUUGCAUCAUAUAUGUAAAACUCAGACAAUAAUUGUUUUAAAUUGUCUUGUGGCGAUAACAGCAUUGCCUUUUGAAUCAACAUUUUACGAUGACUGCUGCCCAAGGGAAAGGACAUAAUGCAGAAAAUUUAGCACUAUAUUAGUUUCUGACUUAACAACUAUCUUGAUAUACAGCACUAAUGAAAAGAAACAAAGUUGAGCAUAGACUUCAUUGAAGAUAUUUUGUCUGUAAGAACUUAAUCAAAUCUAGUAGAUACCCAGGGUUAAAUGCUUAUGAAGAGAGAUGUGAAGGUGGGAGGAAGCCAGAAAAACAGACUAUCAGCACAUUACAGUUUAUGUUUCUUAGGUAGCAAUCUAUUAAAUAUACAGCAGUUUUAUAAAAAGCUAAUUAUGCCCAUUCUUUAUAUAUUUGAAUCUGCACAUGUCAACUCUGAAGAUAAUAUAAAAUUGUUACAAAUGUAUUUAAAAUUUGUCAUAAAUAAAUUUUGUAUUACU